GUGGAUGCAAACACAGCCUAUUUCGAUUAGAAAAUAUGAAAAACACGAAAGAAUUCGACUCAAAAUAACAGAUGAACGAGAUGCCAUACAAAAGAAAACUUUUACAAAAUGGGUAAAUCAACAUUUAUCAAAAACAAAUAAAGUGGUUGAAGAUUUAUUCUUUGAUUUGAGGGAUGGAAGGAAUUUAAUUGAUUUACUUGAAUUAUUAUCUGCCGAAAAUUUGUCAAGAGAAAAUGGAAGGACUCGCUUUCAUCGAAUUCAAAAUGUCCAGUCUUGCUUGGAAUUUUUGAGACGUCGAAAUAUAAGAUUGGUUAAUAUUAGGCCUGAGGAUAUUGUUGAUGGAAAUGGAAAGUUAACACUUGGACUUAUUUGGGUAAUAUAUAUUUUUGGGGAUGUUUUAACACAAUUAAACUAUUUUUAAAAAAUUAU